AUGGCUCAAGAAGAGGCACAAAAAUCCGCUGAUGUUGUAGCCGCCGUGGCUGCCACCGAUAAGGAGGUGACUGUUCCUGCUCCGGUGCUGGAGAAGGAGGUGACUGCUCCUGCUCCGGUAGCUACGGAGGAGAAGACCGUGCCGGAGAAGGACGAGAAGGUGACCUCGGAGGCGGAGAAAUCGGUGCCGGUGAAGGAGGAAGAGACAGUUGUAGCUGAGAAGGUGAUUGUUCUGUCUCCUGAGGAGCUUGAGAAGAAGGCUCUUGAGGAGUUCAAGGAGCUCGUUAGAGAGGCUCUGAACAAACGGGAGUUCACUCCUCCGGCGCCGCCGGUGAUUGAAGAGAAAACAGAAGAGAAGAAACCGGCGGAGGAAACUAAAGAAGAAGAGAAAACAGAGGAGAAACCUGAAGAAGCCGUCGUCAAGGUGGAGGAGAAAUCAUCUGAUGCGGCGGUUCCAGAAGAGACCAAGCCGGAGGAGAAAUCUGAGGCGGCGGCGGCUCCGGAGGAGACCAAACCAGAGGAGAAAGAAGCUGUGCCAGCCACAGAGAAAGCCUCUGGUGCUGAAGAAGAUGGAACCAAGACAGUGGAAGCAAUAGAAGAGUCCAUCGUCUCCGUCACUCCACCCGAAUCCGCUGCAACGGUGGUCGUCGCGGAGCCAGUGGAGCCAGAAGAAGUCUCCAUCUACGGAGUUCCUCUCCUCCAAGACCAAAGAUCCGAUAUGAUCCUCUUAAAGUUCCUCCGCGCAAGAGACUUCAAGGUCAAGGAAGCCUUAACCAUGCUGAAAAACACCGUCCAGUGGCGCAAGGAGAACAAAAUCGACGAGCUCGUCGAAUCCGAGGCAGGAGAAGAAGCCAGCGAGUUCGAGAAGAUGGUAUUCGUUCAUGGUGUAGACAAGGAAGGCCACGUCGUGAUCUACAGCUCCUACGGAGAGUUCCAGAACAAGGAGCUUUUCUCCGACAAGGAGAAGCUUAACAAGUUCCUCAACUGGAGGAUUCAGCUACAAGAGAAGUGUGUGAGGGCUCUUGACUUCACCAGCCCUGAUGCCAAGUCAUCGUUUGUGUUCGUCAGUGACUUCAGGAAUGCUCCUGGACUCGGUAAGAGAGCCUUGUGGCAGUUCAUCAGGCGUGCCGUGAAACAGUUCGAGGAUAAUUAUCCAGAGUUCGCCACUAGAGAGCUGUUCAUCAAUGUUCCAUGGUGGUAUAUUCCUUACUACAAAACAUUCGGGUCUAUUAUCACAUCUCCAAGGACUAGGAGCAAGAUGGUACUAGCUGGUCCAGCCAAAUCUGCUGAUACUAUUUUCAAAUACAUAGCUCCUGAACAAGUGCCGGUUAAAUACGGUGGACUUAGCAAUGAUAUUGGAGACACCAUAACUGAAGCCAUCGUUAAACCAGCAGCCAAACACACCAUCGAGUUACCUGCUUCUGAGGCUUGCACGCUCUCAUGGGAGCUUAGGGUUUUGGGUGCAGAUGUGAGCUAUGGAGCUCAGUUUGAGCCGACCACAGAGGGAAGCUAUGAUGUAAUCGUCUCUAAGACCCGAAAGAUUGGUUUAACUGACGAACCGGUGAUAGCUGAUUCUUUUAAGGUGGGUGAACCAGGAAAGAUUGUGAUCACAAUCGAUAACCAGACUUCCAAGAAGAAGAAAGUGCUCUAUCGGUUCAAAACUCAACCAAUUGUCUGA